AUGGCGGAACUGGGGAAGAAGUACUGCGUGUACUGCCUGGCGGAGGUGAGCUCCCUGCGCUUCCGCUGCACCGAGUGCGCCGACAUCGAGCUCUGCCCCGACUGCUUCUCGGCGGGCGCCGAGAUCGGCCCGCACCGCCGAUGGCACGGCUACCAGCUCGUCGACGGCGGCCGCUUCACCCUCUGGGGCGCCGAGGCCGAGGGCGGCUGGAGCAGCCGCGAGGAGCAGCUGCUGCUGGACGCCAUCGAGCAGUUCGGCUUCGGGAACUGGGAGGACAUGGCCGCUCACGUGGGGGCAUCGCGCACGCCGCAGGAGGUGAUGGAGCACUACGUGAGCAUGUACAUCCAUGGCAACCUGGGCAAGGCCUGCAUCCCCGACACCAUCCCCAACAGGGUGACGGACCACACGUGUCCCAGCGGCGGCCCGCUGUCCCCCAGCCUCACCACGCCGCUGCCGCCGCUCGACAUCUCGGUGGCGGAGCAGCAGCAGCUGGGCUACAUGCCCCUGCGGGACGACUAUGAGAUCGAGUACGACCAGGACGCUGAGACCCUGAUCAGCGGCCUCUCGGUGAACUACGACGACGACGACGUGGAAAUUGAGCUGAAGAGAGCUCACGUCGACAUGUACGUCAGGAAGCUCAAGGAGAGGCAGCGGCGGAAGAACAUCGCGCGGGACUAUAACUUGGUGCCGGCCUUUCUGGGGAAGGAUAAAAAGGACAAGGAGAAGGCUCCCAAGCGGAAGAUCACGAAGGAGGAGAAGGAGCUGAGGCUGAAACUGAGGCCUCUGUACCAGUUCAUGUCUUGCAAGGAGUUUGAAGACUUCUUUGAGAACAUGCACAAGGAGAGGAUCCUUCGAGCGAAGAUUCGGGAGCUGCAGCGGUACCGUCGGAACGGGAUCACCAAAAUGGAGGAGUCGGCGGAGUACGAGGCUGCCAGGCACAAACGGGAGAAGAGGAAGGAGAACAAAAACAUCGCCAGCUCCAAGAGGGGGAAGGAAGAUGGCAAAGAAGGAGAAUUUGCUGCCAUUGAAAACUUACCCGGCUUUGAACUCUUGUCGGACAGGGAAAAGGUGCUCUGCAGCUCGCUCAACUUGAGCCCCGCACGUUACGUGACUGUAAAAACUAUCAUCAUUAAAGACCAUCUCCAAAAGAGACAAGGAAUUCCUUCCAAGAGUCGCCUUCCCAGUUACUUAGAUAAGGUACUGAAGAAAAGGAUUUUAAACUUUCUAACAGAAAGCGGUUGGAUAUCCAGGGAUGCUUCAUGAAACUCAGCUGAUGUGACUAAACCCAGCAGAGCCCCCAUGCAGGCCUCGAGGACUCCGUUAUUUUUUUUCCUUCCCUCCCCAAAGAUACAGAAAUUCUGUUACUUUAAAAAGAAACAGGCGAACACAGAACCCCCUCCAGUGUUCAUGAUCCAUGGUUCAAACGGACUUUUGCUUUGGAUCAUGGCAAAUACUUAAUUGUGAAACUUCUGCAUAGGAUUUCAUUGCUUUUGGUACAUUAUUAGAACAGACUUCCUUCACGUGAACUUCCUCAAGUCCAGUAGUCCCAGAGUAGUUACUUUACUCUUACUACUGGACGGCUGAGUGUCGGUGUAAUCCUUGCUUUUCUUGGAAGGUGGGAGAGAGUUUAAUUUGCUGGAAACUUUCUUCCCCCUUUGUUUUGUAGUUUGUUUUGGGGUUUUUUUUGCGUUGUGCUGUCAGCAGAGUGAAGCUUACAGAAGUCUUGAGCUGGGAGCAGGGUGAGCAGGGAUUUUUGUGACCAUUGCUAAGCUUUUGGGAUGUUCUCCUGAGUAAGUACAGCCGUGGGGCUGGGACAGCUGGAGCGGCUGUCAGGAGAACGUCAGGGAAGAGCCCUGGCAGGGAAGGGAGGGAACGUGGGAGGAGGGAGGCCUUCAGGUGCUGCUACUGCUGUGGAGAGGGCUCUUGGAGAGCUCAUCCGGACAGAGUUUUGUCUUAGUUUUUUGCUGAAGCAGCCCCCGCUGAAGCUUCCGUGUUAACUAAUGAGUAGAGAAGUUGCAGGAGUGUGUGACGGCUGCGGUGCCCUGUUCUGGAGGACGGGUCAGCACUACUGUGGAGAGGCUGAUUUGGGCCAGAGACAGGGUUUAAGCAAAUAAGCAGUGAGUUGUCUUGCAGCAGUUCAGAGCCUCAGGCAGCAAAAUAGCUGUUUCUGCUGGAGGAGCGUGCUCUUUCUUUGCUAUCAAACUUCUGUGCUGCAUGGGCUGAGGGGGUGGAGCUGAUUGGGAGGGACAGGGGAAGGGAGUGAGAUUCUCAAGAGAGGGAUCACUGAGAUUGGUUUUUAAAGAACGAAAAUGAGAAGUGAUAUGCAUGAAGUCAAGAUGCACAGCUCCUGAAGCACAGAGCUGCAAAGCAAGCCAUCGCAGGGUUCUAAUUGCACUUACCUUGAAACGUGAGGGACUGAAACACGUUGAAGUCACUGCCAUGGUGGGAGAGGCGCGGCGGGCACGGCUCGGGCCACUGUCAUCUGCGCCAAGUCACAAAGGCCAGCUCCACGGCAGUGUCUUCAACAAAGAUGUUGAAGGAGGACUUGGAAAAGGAUUUUAAUGCUCAUUUCAUCCUUAAAAUUCCCAUGGUGAUAUUUAACCAAAUGAGUAAGAAGUGGUGGUUGCCACAUGGAAGAAGGCACGGUGAUCCUGUUCCCAGGCUGACGGUGCUCAGAGCGGGAGGCUGCAAGCGGAGGCCAGUCAGGCAGGUGUGCCAAACAAGGGGAUUGCCUGGCUUCUGAACAAGCACAAGCUUGGAAAUGUCACCUUAGCCUCAUGCUUUGGGCUGUAGUCAGCGAGGAUACCACAAAAUGUUACCACAAUGUUAUUUCUGCAGCUUGGCAGGGGUAUUCUGAUCAGAACCGGGUUUUAGUUAAUCCAAACUAGUGUUACCAGGGAGUUUAGAAUAAAAAGGGUACAGUUACAAAGCCAGCAUUUCUAAGGUAAAAAACCAAAACUCUAGUGCCUUUUUCUUUUGAGCUUGUGAUGAUAUGUCCCUUCAGAAAGGUAAGGGCUGUGUCCUCUCGAGUGUACUGCUGUGUUUGGCUCAUCCACCCUCGAGUGGCUGGUGUGGAAUCGGUGUGGCAGCAGCAGCACUGCCCGCCGUGUGCCAAGCAGCUUUACCAGCCAUUCCCACCUCUGCGUGUGUGCACACAGCACACAAGUUCCUGAGCUGUGAACCCUUGGUUGUUUUCUCUGUCCUGCUCCUUUGGAAAGGAAGCUCAGCCUUUCUCAUCAGUAUUCUAGUUAUGCAAUUGGGUUCUUCCUUCUGUUGUUCAACUGCCAUAACACACCAUUACCAACAGCGUUCUGCAGCCUCAGCUGGGAGUUUAAGAGAACUGGGUGGUUCUUCUUAAUUAUUUUUUUCCCCUCAAAUCUGUGAUUUUUAUAUUUCUAGACUGUUUUGGCACAUCUAACUGAAGUCUAACUGAAGCAAUAGCCUAAAGCCCAUUGAACAAUAAAAAAACCAAUCCAGGCACCAAGGAGCGGUGUAAAUGCCAAAGUGAAUUCUGCAUUUACACUCUGUAGUUUUCCUGAUUCCUCAGCCCCUCCAAAAUGUUUCUUUGGUGCUAGACGUAACUUAUUGAACAUCGAAAUGAAUGUAAAAUAAAAGUAUUUUUAAUGUAUGAAAUAUGGAUAUCAAUAUUUAUUUUAUAUUUGCAAGCAAAUUCAAGGUGGUGAAUGUUUGUUUUAGCAAUUACGGUCCCUUGGAAAGGGCUUCCCUAGAAGCAGUGUCUCGCUGUCAGCUAUGCUUUUCAUUCUAAAGGCAACUUGCACUAGAGGAUGCUGCUGUUCCGUAUGUUCAGGUGGAACUGAUUUAGUCUAAGCAUUCCUUUGUUAUGAGCUGCUGUUUUUUGUUUGUUUGUUUUUAAGCUGAGAUGCAGUUAUGUUAAGCCAGCAACUUACUAGAGCUACGCUGCUUCUCUUCUGUGGUGAAGGGGCUGAGGGAAAGCCUGCCAAAGAGCUCCUCAACUUGUGUCUUGUGUUGAUCGGGAAGUGCUUCCUGUACUGUACAAUAACUUGGCCUUCAUGUUGCUAAUGAAAAGCUGUUUUAUAUGCUUAAUGCUCUUGACUCUUCUAAUUAAAGAUACUACUCAUGCUAGCAUCUGCUCUAACAGCAUUGAUGUAAGCCUACGGAAAAAGUGACACUCCGUAAGCUGUUCAAAAUACUGAUCUCUGCUACUGCCAGAGGCACCACUAAGUCUGUUUUAAUGCUGGAUGUUACUUCAGUCAGCCAAGUCCCAGUCAUGUUUUACAGGAGUAUUUGCUCGCUGGGGAGCAUUAAUACUCGUGCCAUGUGCAGAGGGGCUGCAGCCUCUCCUGCCCACUGCUGCAGUCCCAUGGAGCGGCGGGCACAGCGUUGGUAGCUGUGCACCAGCCUCUGGCCAGCGCCUGCCUGGCCAGGCAGCGAGCCUGCCGCAGCUUUCUCUGCAGCUCCAGUGCACUUCAGUAGCCUUUGGGUUCACUGUGUCUUCUUGCACAAAGUUUCUGCAUGCGUGCCAGUAGCUCUGAGAUGGCGAUACAUGAAAUACUGUGAAGGAAGGUGCCUGGUGAGCACAUUCAGCUCCGGAGCUUCUUCCUGGAAGGGAAUGUUGCACUCAAAUGAGUAGUGUACUGGUGUAGCUGUGCCAGACAAGCAGAUGCCUGUGCCCAAAUCAUGUAAAGCUGAACUGAUGUGCACACUCAUCAUUUUACAAGGUCUUUGCUUUGUAUAUUGGUAAAUAAACUUGUAUUAAAGUUUCUUUC